AUGGCUCCAUCAAAUAUCAACGUUUUGGUCACCACUUUUGGGGGUCUGGGCCUGCCUCCGACUCUAUCACUCCCGCUCCCACCUACAACCACAGUUACGGCACUGCGAGAGCAACUGGACGAGCGCCUACCAGUCACAAACUCUCGCUUCAUCUUGACUACGGUCUCGAACAAACAGUUACCGGAAUUUUCAGAUGCCGCAGUCGCCGGAUAUCUUCGCCAUGACGAUGACGAGUUCUUGUCACUACGUUUGAGUGUCCCCUUGUUCGGUGGAAAGGGAGGUUUCGGAUCGCAACUUCGCGCUGCUGGUGGUCGAAUGUCAUCAAGGAAGAAGAAUAACCAAAACGAUAAUGGAUCAAGCCGUAAUCUGGAUGGACGAAGAUUGCGCACUGUCACUGAGGCCAAGGCCUUGGCGGAGUAUUUGGCUAUCAAGCCAGAAAUGGAAAAGAAAGAAAAAGAGAAGCGCAGGGAAAGAUGGGAGCAAAUUGUUGAGAUGUCAGAGCGAAGGGAGGCGGAAAUCAAAUCAGGAAGCAAAGCCCGCCUGGACGGACAGUGGGUUGAGGACAAGGAAGAGUGCAACGAGAGGACUCGGGAUGCUGUUCUCGCCGCCAUGAAGUCAGGAAACUACCAGGACAACCUACUUUCCACAUCACAGGGCUCCAUGUCCUCGAAUCAAAGUAUCGAAAAAGGCGAUUCCGAGGAUGACGAUGAAGCGAAGUCAAAGGAAUCAACCCCGGUAUCCGAGCCUGAGAAAGUCGACAAGGGUAAAGGGAAAGCCAGGGCCUUUUUUGGCUUUGAUGAAGAGGAUGAGUUUAUGAGCUCUGAUGAGUCUGAUGAGGAGUAA